AUGGCCUUUGAUCAAGCCGAGUUUAUCACACUGUUGACGAACUACUACGAGUUUUGCAAUCGAGUGUUCUGGGAUAACUCGGUCGUCGCGGAAGCGCCCAGCAAUGGCUGGCCAUCGAUCACACAAUCCACCAUGGCCAACCUGCACAAGACUGAUGCAGUCAUCGACUUGCUUCGCUACAUGCCUUUUGUAGACUUUGUUGAGCCAGACAAAGCCUAUGGCAAGCACGUCGUCAUGGUGAACACACGGAUCCAGGAUUACCGCAGCGAAGAGAUGCAGAAGCGGAUCCGCGACGGGGAUCUCGAAUACUACGUGGAGCCCAUAUGCGAUCCCUUACCGUCGUCAUGCAUCUCCUUCGGUAACAGCAACGGGCGUAACGGCUACAAUCUCGUGAUCAACACGGCCGAUGGCUACAUCUACUGGGGGGAUCCUAACGGUCAGCACGACGAGCCAGCACCAGAGCUCAACGCCGUGGUGCAAGAGCACUACGCUGGCAACGAAACCGAGCAUUGGCGGGAGGGGUUCAAUGUCUAUCACCCAGGCGAAUUCUUUGCGCUCUGCAAACAGCGGUUCCACGAGCUUCGCUGGAUCGGCCUCCAGACAGAUGUCGUUGAGGCGGUACCAAUGGACUGUGACUUUGAUGACGCGGACGACGAGUUCAAGGGGCUUGUGCGCAAGAUGAGAAGAGCUGGGUGGCCGGGAGAUGGGGAAGGACGGGACUGGGACCGAGAGGCAUUUCGAGCGGCUCUUGGUGUGUAUAGCGAUGAAGAGGACGAAGAUGCCGUGCGAGAGGCGACAGAAGCGCUAGACGACACUCACGUUCACUAA